AUGACAACAUUCUUCGGAUUCACGUUUCUUCCGCAAGAUGCGGAGGUGUCCCUCCAAGCUGCGAAGGUGCUUUGGCUUUGGCAGCUUCGGCACUCGCCUUCAACUCUUCAGCUCGCUUGGGAAGUGGCCUUGGCCGAGGCCUACACGUCCGAGUGCGAGGCCAAACUCAAGACGGCCUCGGAGGCCUUGCAAGCUUUGGGCCUUGGGAGCACCGGGCGAAAGGAGGCCCCCAGGUCCUGUCCUUGGGUCGUGACGCAGGCGGUGUGCACAAGCAAAGCUGCUCUGACUCAGCGGCUCAACGAGCAGAAAAAGGGCGACUGGGCGGCAGGCGACGAAGGCAUCGUGAAAGCACGGGCAGACAAGGAGCUUCUGGAAAGCACCAAGUCGGAGUGCUUCGAGAAGCUGAAGUCCGGCGGGGCAGUCGCCAAGGAGGCGAAGCAGUUGCUCAAGAAGAUUGAGCCUUUCAUCAAGCAGACCGGGUCGGACGCAUCGCUCAUCACCGCGGCGCCUGCGACGCUUCUGAAGCCACCCGAGGAACGUGGCAGCUUCGAUCAGAUCGUCCUUGAGCAGCUCGAGGCAACCUUCACAGCCAAGCUGACAGAGUUCGAGACGCAGCUGGCAGAAGCCGCGCCUGCGGCGGAAGCGAGGGCCGAGGAGGUGCAGAAAGCACAAUCCGCACACGAAGCCGCCGAGUCGAAGCAGAAAGAGGUGUCUGAGGAACUCUGUGCGGCAAAGGAGGCACAGAAGGAUGCAAAUGCAGUGGUAGCAGCUGCAAAGAAGGCAGUUGCUGACUACCGGCCUGAUUAUCAGGCAGCCACGGAAACCAGAGAUGCAAAGAAGGAAGAGCUGGAGACCUACGUGGACGGAAGCCUCGCCACCUUCAAGGAGCUGAAAGAGCGCAUCUCUGCAAAAAAGCGCCGCGAACUGGCUGCUGCCGCCAAGGAGGCCGCCAAGGCCCUGGCUGAGGAGGCGCCGGCUGGGGAGCCGGAGCAGGACACUGCAGCUGGACAGUGA